UGUGGUCCACGUGGGAGCGCAGCCAAGCUCCGCAGGGACCACGACCGUGCGUGUCGCCGGCCCCAGCUGCUCCAGGCCCUGCGAACCAGCACCGGGCCUGAUCGCCCGCCCGCCCGCUCGGGCGCGGCUGGAUGCAGCGGGGGUCUCGCGGCGGCGGCCCUCGGCCCCGAGCGCCAGGAGAGCGCAGGGGCGGCGUGCGGGGCCCGGGGGCGCAGCGCCCUCCAUGCGCCGAGUCGCUCCAGGAGACACGCCCCGAGACAGCCGGGGGCCCGCGCCGCAGCCGCCGCCCGCGCUGAUACCCGGCGCGGGCCACGGCCCUCGCUCUGCGACAACAUGAGCCAGGCCGAGCUGUCCACCUGCUCGGCCCCGCAGACGCAGCGCAUCUUCCAGGAAGCCGUGCGCAAGGGCAACACGCAGGAGCUGCAGUCGCUGUUGCAGAACAUGACCAACUGCGAGUUCAAUGUGAACUCGUUCGGGCCGGAGGGACAGACAGCACUGCACCAGUCCGUCAUCGACGGCAACCUGGAGCUGGUGAAACUGCUGGUCAAGUUCGGCGCCGACAUCCGCCUGGCCAACCGCGACGGCUGGAGCGCGCUGCACAUCGCGGCUUUCGGCGGCCACCAGGACAUCGUGCUCUAUCUCAUCACCAAGGCCAAGUACGCGGCCAGCGGCCGGUGAUGCCCGCUUGGACCUCGGGAUCCCGGACCCCGGCCCGCGCCCGCGUCGUCUCUGCUGUACCUUCCCGCCAACUACCUCGGUGUGCUCCAGGCUCGCCGGCCCGCGUGGAAACCGGGACGGCUCCUCACGUCCGCGCCCCCGGGAUCCGGCACUCUGCCGGCGAGCGCCUCCCCGCGACGGUCCCUGCAGCCCCGUGGGGCCCCAGAGCCUU